AUGAGUGCACGGCGCUCGAAUCCUCCCGUGGCUGGAGAUAUCGGAGGUGAUCCCCGAUAUUGUCGAUCGCCGGAGGAGCAGGAAGCUCGAUGA